UUGCCUUGGGAGUUCUACAUUUGAGCUUUCAGGAGUCGGGGGCGUCGAGCCUCGCACCCAGGGCUGCCGAGAUGUUCAGCUGGAUGAAGAAGCAAGAAAAGAAGAACCCCGAGGUGAUCCACACCGUCACCGAGGGCCUGAAGGACCUCUAUAAGAAGAAGCUGCUGCCGGUGGAGGAAUUUUACCGCUUCCACGACUUUCAUUCUCCAGCCCUGGAAGAUGCCGACUUCGACAACAAGCCUAUGGUGUUGGUGGUCGGCCAGUAUUCCACCGGCAAGACCACCUUCAUCAAAUACCUUCUGGAGCAAGACAUCCCUGGGAGCCGAAUUGGGCCCGAGCCCACCACCGACUCCUUCAUUGCCGUCAUGCACGGAGAAACGGAAGGGAUCAUACCCGGCAAUGCUCUGAUCGUGGACCCCAACAAACCCUUCCGGAAGCUGAACCCCUUUGGAAACACUUUUCUCAACCGGUUCAUGUGUGCCCACCUGCCCAACCAGGUGCUGGAGAGCAUCAGCCUUAUUGACACUCCGGGGAUCCUGUCAGGCGCCAAACAGCGCGUGAGCCGAGGCUACGACUUCCCGGCGGUGCUGCAGUGGUUCGCCGAGCGCGUGGACCGCAUCAUCCUCCUCUUCGACGCCCACAAGCUGGAGAUCUCCGACGAGUUCUCGGAGGCCAUCCGGGCCCUCAAGGGCAACGAGGACAAGAUCCGGGUGGUCCUGAACAAGGCCGACAUGGUGGAGACGCAGCAGCUGAUGCGGGUCUAUGGCGCACUCAUGUGGUCGCUGGGCAAAGUGUUCAAUACCCCCGAGGUGCUGCGCGUCUACAUCGGGUCCUUCUGGUCGGAGCCUCUGCUCAUCUCCGACAACCGACGGCUCUUUGAGCUCGAGGAGCAGGACUUGUUCACGGACAUCCAGAACCUGCCCCGGAAUUCUGCCCUGAGGAAGCUCAAUGAUCUCGUCAAGAGAGCCCGUCUGGUUAGGGUCCACGCCCACAUCAUCAGCCACCUGAAGAAGGACAUGCCCUCCGUCUUUGGCAAGGAAAACAAGAAGAAGCAGCUCAUCAACAAACUGCCCGUCAUCUUUGCCAAGAUCCAGCUUGAGCACCACAUCUCUCCUGGCGACUUCCCAGACUGCCAAAAGAUGCAGGAGAUGCUGAUGGUGCAUGACUUCACCAAGUUCCACGGACUGAAGCCGCGCAUGAUGGACAUUUUGGACGAGAUGCUGACCACGGACAUUGCCAAGCUGAUGCCCCUCUUGCGCCAGGAGGAGAUGGAAGUCCCUGAGCAGGUCGUCCAGGGCGGGGCUUUCGACGGCACCCGCAACGGCCCCUUCGUGGAAGGCGCGACCGAGGGUGCCUACGAAGGCAUGGACGAUGAGGAAUGGGUGGUAACCAAGGACAAGCCCAAGUACGACGAGAUCUUCUACAACCUCUCCCCCAUGGACGGCAAGCUGAGCGGCACCAAGGCCAAGAACUGGAUGGUCACCACCAAGCUGCCCAACUCCGUCCUGGGCAAGAUCUGGAAGCUGAGCGACGUCGACCGCGACGGCAUGCUGGACGACGAAGAGUUCGCCCUCGCCAGCCACCUCAUCGAGGUCAAGUUGGAGGGCCACGGCCUGCCCGCUGAUCUGCCCCGCCACCUCGUGCCACCCUCCAAACGCCGACAGAAGGGAUCGGCCGAGUAGGACACCCUCCUAAGCGUGCCCCUUCCCGUAUACCGGGCUUGAACUGCUCCAGUAGGCCCCGGUUCCGCUCCAGCUUUCCACCUUCCAUCCACAUCUUUCGCUAGGCUCGGGACUCUUCGUGAAAACCCUGUUCCCCUAUCGAAAGCAUCAGGAGGUCUUUAUUCAUGCUGAAACGAAGCUCUGAGUAGACCUUUCUGCUUCCUCCUUCCCCCCUGCUGGGCCCACAAAAACGCUCAUGGUUCCUCUUCUCGUAGGCCGGGCUCCUCCAGGCCUGGUUUGAACCACUUUGGUCGGCUUCCUGGGGAAAGCUCUCCACGUCGACCUCCGAGAAUCGCUUCGGAUGCGCCGGCGACGAUAUGAAUUUUCACCCGUGUGAGGCUUCCCCCGGCCGUCUUCUGUUCCAGCAAGAGCCGGAUUCAGAAUCCUGUAGCUUGGCACCAUUUCCCCUUUUUAUAUCGCAUGCGAACUGCUUGGCAAGGCAGCUUCACGCUGACAGUCCGACCCGUAUAAGACUUAUAAGUCUCCAAACUGUGUUGAUCGUGAUUGUCUUUAAUGGGCCCCGGAACCUUCCACUGGCUGAGACCAGACAGCCGUGGCCUUCUUGGUUGUUCUGUUAGAAUGUUAUCCUGUCAGUGUUACCCUCCACAAACGGCUGAUCCCCACUUGUCUUUAAUGGGCCCCAGAACCUUCCAUUGGCUGAGACCAGACGGCCGUGGCCUUCUUGGUUGUUCUGUUAGAAUGUUAUCCUGUCAGUGUUACCCUCCACAAACGGCUAAUCCCCACUCGCUGCCCAUUAAGUCUUGGGUUCAGGGUCCUCUUGCUCGUUUCCACUUGACGUCUUAGCCUCCCAAGACGACUGUUGACCGCAAGAGUUUUGGACCAAACAAAAGGAACCAGUGAGUUGUAGUUUUGCAGGAGUUUGCGCUGGCUCCCUUCUCUAUCUUGAUGAGUAAGAUCAGGUGAGAGCCCUCCUUUUAAGUAGGGCUUUUUUUGUAGCAGGAACUCCAUUGCAUAGUAGGCCACGCACCCCUGAUGUAGCCAAUCCUCCAAGAGCUUACAGUAGGCCCUGUACAAAGAGCCCUUUAAGCUCUUGGAAGAUUGGCUACAUCAGGGAGGUGUGGCCUAAUAUGUAAAGGAGCUCCUGCUAGAAAAAGAGCCCUGCUUUUAGGCAAUGUUCCUGACGCCAGGGUCCUCGUCAUAAGCAGCUCUGUUCGUAGGCGUGAGAAUAGCAGCAAAAGCGGGGGCCGGUUGAAGCCGCGCAGAAAGUGUUGUUUUCCUCCUUAGGACUUAGAAGAUGCUUUGGACAUAAUCCCAUCUUCACAGCCAUUCACAGGUCGGUAGGAAAGGGUUCGUGUCGACCAGAGGGGGAAUAAGUCGUCCCCGCCUCUUCCUCUUGCUCUCUUUCUAGAAGGGAGCCUGUGUAGAAUCCUGUUCUUGAGCGAGCCAAGAGGGGAAAGGCCCCCGCGCAGAAAAUAAUGUUGCAGGAUUCAAGCAAAGACUAAACAGUGGUCAACGCAGGCCUCAGCAAGCAGUUCAGGGAGAGCAGUUAUUAGCAGAUCAGUUGUUUCAGUUCCUGUUGGAGAGGGGGAAAGGCCACUUAGAUUUGCUUCCAAAUAUCCCAAGCACUCUGCCAGUCCCCUACACUGGCUUGGGAUGGGCAGAACCUUCUUUCUCAACUCGACAUCCUGUUGACCUCCCCCCCCGCCCCCCAGAAGCUCUGGGAUCCAGCCAGGACUCGACAUGCCCUUUCUCCUGGGAGCGGCUGGUCCUCUGGAAGCCCAGGGGGAUCCGUCCAUUGGCAAGGAUGAGGCAAUGGCAGGGGUUGAGCAAGUGACCGGGGCGUUGGUGUCUAAUAAAAACAGCCUGUGGUGUGAAGCAAGAGAGCAGGCACGGGUUGAAGAG